AUGUCAAGAUUUAUGAAUGGAGUAUUGAAUAAAGUGCACAAAAGUGUCGUGAGUGUUGCAAUUGGAUUAACGGUGAUAUCCACUGGAGUAUUUAUGUUAAGAUCUUACGAAAUUCUAUUCGUACCAGUUGACCAAAGAGUUAAAGCUAGACAAGAGGUCAAUGAAUUGUUAAACAACGAGCAAUUGCUGCAUAGCGAAGAAUAG